CUUCCACCCCAAGUGCUUCUGCCUCGCCAUUGACAAGACACGAGAGUUUCCUCCGAUCUGUGUAUCUGCGAAUUGCUCGCAACGCCCCUCAAGAUGGCACUCAUCCAGACCAGCUUGAUCUGGGUCACAUACGCCGUCGCCAUAGUCAUCCUCCUCGCCAUUGCCGCUAUCUUCGUCUACCUCUAUCAAACCCCGCGAGACCGCGCCGCCUCGGUCACUACCGUAUGCAUCUUCACAACGAGCGCUCUGCUGGCUACGGUGCUGUUGACGCCUGUUGAUAUUGCCCUCGUUUCAUCGACAUCAUCCUCCAGAGACGGCCGCAAGAAGGACUGGGCCACUCCAGACCGCGUCGACAAUAUUGUGCAUACCUUGCAGAUUGUAUACUACACCCUAUACUCGCUGGAUGCCCUUCUCUGUUUGCUCGUCGUGCCCUUCACCUACUUCUGGUACGAAGAAUACGAUGAAGAUGCGACUGCCGACGGAACGCAGACUGUCGGUAGCAGACUCUGGGGUGCCUUCAAGUACACCAUUGCCUUCAUUGUAUUGGUUGUGAUUCUCUUCCUCGUUGGCUUCUUUGUACCCUUCGCGAAGAAAGCCAAGCAGGACAAGCACCUCGAUCUAGACUUCUUCAAGCAUCUUCUAGAUCAAAACCAUGGAGAACGAGCUCUGACCUUCGCCCUCGGACUGCUCAUUACUAUUGGAACCAUCAUCUACGUAAUCUACACAGCCGCAGGCCUCGCUCUACUCCCUGUUACCCUCAUCAAAUCAGCGCCUUCGAUCUCCACACCCUCGCUUGCCGCAAACACUGCUUCUCAGCUCGAACAGAACCGCGAACGGCAGCGGCAGCUUGAAGGCCGGAAUGAAGGCCGCGAAGAUGGUCUAGACGCAAGAGACAGACGCGAACUUGAAUCUCUGGUUCGCGAAGAACGCACUCUCAUCCGACGGGAACGCCUUGCCGCUGAAUCCAGCGGAGAGGAUCGCAACUGGCUCGUAAAGAGCUGGAUCAAGAUCGAAGCCGUAUUCCGUCCGCUGAAGCUUAUCGGCGGCCUUCUACUCAUGAUUAUUGCUCUAUUCAUUUUCACCAGUAUGCUCAUCACCGGGAUUGACAAGGCCAAGAACUCUGUCUGUAAAGUUGGUUGUGGAUACAUUCUCGGCCAUAUCAACAUCUUCCAGCCCAUUAAUUGGAUCUUCGUCAAGUCUUCUAAAGUUUUCCCCAUUGAUUACAUACUGUUUCUUCUUCUCGUUCUUUUCUUCUUCUCCGCUUCGGUCGUCGGGAUCGCUACGGUUGGAAUCAGAUUCCUCUGGAUCGUCCUCUUCAAGAUCCGUAAGGGGCACACUUCCCCGCAAGCGCUCCUCAUGGCCACCGUCAUGCUCACCCUCAUUGUCCUCGCAAUCAACUACUCUGUUGUCAUGAUGGUAGCACCGCAAUACGCAACUUUUGGCCCCCAAACCUACUGCGACCGCGCCUCCCGUCAUCCGGGUGAGCAGCCCGACUGCUCCAACCACCACAACGCCAUCAAGCACUGCACCGAGCUCGCCGACAACCCAGUCGCCAAGGACGUGUGCACGCCUAGUGUUGUUAGCACGUUUAUCAACCGUGUGACUAUCAACUUCCCCGUAUUUGGGGUUAUCAAUUUCUGGGCGCAAUUCGCGUUCCUCGGUAUUUACCUCAUUGUCUUCAUCGCAACCCUCUUCCGCACUCCGCAUCUGGACACUGAACAGCUCGACGCCGAUCUCGAGGAGGAAGAAGAGGAGGGACUUCUGGCUAGUACUGGUCGUCGUUUCAACGCUACUUGGCAAGAUAUUACCGGCCGCGCGAAGAAAAACUAUGGCACCACGAAUAGUGCAGAUGGUGAGCACAGUGAUGCUUGAUCGCGAGCGCUGGCGAUGAGGCUGCAAAUUGUAUAUGAGUGGGUUUUGGGGGUGGAUAUCGGGUCUGAGGAAGUGUGGGUAAUGGAUGGAUGCAAGGUUACAGGCUGUAUAACAUGAUACCACAAGGGCAUGGCGUUUUUGGCGGAGUGUAAAAAAGUCGGC